AUGGCGAUCAAGCGGACCAAGGCGGAGAAGAAGAUCGCGUACGACAAAAAGCUGUGCGCCCUGCUGGAUGAGUACACCAAGGUGCUCAUCGCCCUCGCCGACAAUGUCGGCUCCAAGCAGCUCCAGGACAUCCGCCGGGGCCUCAGGGGCGACUCCGUCGUGCUCAUGGGGAAGAACACGCUCAUCAGGCGAUGCAUCAAGGUCUACGCCGAGAAGACGGGGAACAAGGCCUUCGACCCGCUCAUGGACCUCCUCGUCGGCAACGUCGGCCUCAUCUUCACCAAGGGCGACCUUAAGGAGGUGCGCGAGGAGGUCGCCAAGUACAAGGUUGGGGCUCCUGCUCGUGUUGGGCUCGUAGCUCCUGUUGAUGUUGUUGUGCCCCCUGGCAACACUGGGCUGGAUCCCUCCCAGACCUCUUUCUUCCAGGUGCUUAACAUCCCCACCAAGAUUAAAGGGUACUGUGGAAAUCAUCACCCCCGUGGAGCUGAUCAAGAAGGUGUCUACGAGGAUGGACCAGUCUUCAGCCCUGAGGUGCUUGACCUGACUGAGGAGGACCUGGUUGAGAAGUUCGCCGCUGGUGUCUCCGUGGUUGCCUCUCUGUCCCUGGCGCUCUCGUACCCGACCCUUGCUGCUGUGCCUCACAUGUUCAUCAACGGGUACAAGAAUGUGCUUGCUGUUGCUGUGGAGACAGACUACUCGUACCCGCAUGCUGACAAGAUCAAGGAGUACCUGAAGGACCCAAGCAAGUUUGUUGUUGCUGCCCCAGUUGCUGCUGCUGACUCUGGUGCUUCAGCUGCUCCCAAGGAAGAAGAGGAGGCGCCUGAGCCUGCCGAGGAGUCGGAUGACGAAAUGGGCUUCAGCCUGUUUGACGACUAG